AGGGUUCCUUCCUCAUUUCGCUGCUGAUUCUAGUCCCAAACAAAACAGGUUGAGCUUUUCUCCCCUCCCUCCGGCAGUUGUCUCUGGCUUGUGGCUGCCUUCUGAGCGGUGCAGACGGCGCCGGCUGGGAGUGGGAGGGAGGGCCUGGGCCAGCGUGCUAGGACUGGGACGUGCUCCUGGCUCCCGGCCCGUGUUCAGCCCGGCUAGAGACAGGAGUGCUAGCAUUUGACACAACAGCCGCCUGAGGAUGAUGGCCCAGCUGCAGUUCCGAGAUGCCUUCUGGUGCAGGGACUUCACGGCGCACACAGGGUACGAGGUUCUGCUGCAGCGGCUGCUGGAUGGCAGGAAGAUGUGCAAGGAUGUGGAGGAGCUGCUCAGGCAGAGGGCCCAGGCGGAGGAGAGGUACGGGAAGGAGCUGGUGCAGAUCGCCCGCAAGGCCGGCGGCCAGACGGAGAUCAAUUCCCUGAGGACCUCCUUUGACUCCCUGAAGCAGCAAACGGAGAACGUGGGCAGUGCACACAUCCAGUUGGCCCUGGCCCUGCGUGAGGAGCUUCGGAGCCUGGAGGAGUUCCGGGAGAGGCAGAAAGAGCAGCGGAAGAAGUAUGAGGCUGUCAUGGACCGUGUCCAGAAGAACAAGCUGUCCCUCUACAAGAAGACCACGGAGUCCAAGAAGGCGUAUGACCAGAAGUGCAGGGACGCGGAUGAUGCCGAGCAGGCCUUCGAGCGUGUGAGUGCCAACGGCCACCAGAAGCAAGUAGAGAAGAGCCAGAAUAAAGCCAAGCAGUGCAAGGAGUCAGCCACAGAGGCAGAGCGUGUGUACAGACAAAAUAUCGAGCAGCUGGAGAGAGCGAGGACUGAGUGGGAGCAGGAACACCGGACUACCUGUGAGGCCUUCCAGCUGCAGGAGUUUGACCGACUGACCAUCCUCCGAAACGCCCUGUGGGUACACUGCAACCAGCUCUCCAUGCAGUGUGUCAAGGAUGAUGAGCUCUAUGAGGAAGUACGCCUGACACUUGAAGGCUGCGAUGUGGACAGCGACAUCAACGGCUUCAUCCAGUCCAAGAGCACUGGCAGAGAGCCCCCGGCUCCCGUGCCCUAUCAGAACUACUAUGACCGGGAGGUGACGCCGCUGACCCCUAGUGUCCAACCCUCCUGCGGCAUGAUAAAGAGAUUCUCUGGGCUGCUACAUGGAAGUCCCAAAACCACAUCUUUUCAAGCUUCUGCUGCUUCCACAGACUCUCUGGCUCCCACCCCUGAGCGGAACGAGCUGGUUUAUGCAGCCAUCGACGUGCAGGCAACACAGGCGAACCUUAACUCAUCGGCCCAGGACUACCGGGCGCUCUACGACUACAAAGCACAGAAUUCCGACGAGCUGGACAUUUCUGCAGGAGACAUUCUGGUGGUCAUCCUAGAAGGAGAGGAUGGCUGGUGGACAGUGGAGCGGAAUGGACAGCGCGGCUUUGUCCCUGGCUCCUACCUGGAGAAGCUCUGAGGAAAGAGCAGCAGUCUCCACAUACCUCUGCCCUGACUAUGAGGUCAGGUCCAUUCCCACCAUGGCCCAGGCCUCUUGGGGCCAGAACCAAGCCUGGCCACCCUGGGGAUGGGAUGGGUGCUGGCUCCUCUCGAUAAAUUUCUUCCAGAGGGAAU